AUGGGAUUGUGUGAAGUUUGCAAUGUGGAAGAGUUUAAAUAUAAGUGCCCAAGGUGUUUUAAGAAGACUUGUUCGUUAGCAUGUAGUAAGCAGCACAAAGCAGAUGAAAGCUGUAGUGGAAAAAGUCACGAUCCCACAGCAUAUAUACCUAGAACCGAUAUCAAGGAAGCCGAUGAUGAGAAUCAUGAGAGUAAUAUAUUAGUUCAGAGAGAUUAUAAUUACUUGAUCAAUAUGCGGCGUGAGGUUGAAGUUCAAAUUGAUGAUAGCAAAAGGAAGAAUAAAAGAAUACUGAGAGAGAUUUACGAUCCUUACAUGGCCAAUAAGCGUCAAAGAGGGAACUCAGACAAUAGCAGUAGAUUGAUCCGAAGGGGUGUUUCUUGUUUAAUGCUUCCAAAAGGUAUGCAAAGAUCGCUACAGAAUAAGAGUAAAUGGGAUAAUUCAUUAAACCAAUUUACCUGGACCAUUGAAUGGGUCUUAUGUGGAGACGGUGACACGGUGACACAUUUGACACAUCGAGCUAAGGAAAACGAAAGCGUGGUGGAGGGUAUCAGUAAAAUAGUCUUUAAUAAGAUACAAACUUUCUACAAAAUCGAAAACGGAGAUGGGGAUGAAACUCAAGCUGUACUAUCUAGAGAAGACAGAAUCGCUUUGAUCAAGGAUUAUAAUCUUGAGUUCUAUAUCAAAUGGUUCCCUUACAACUCAACGGAAAUGUCUGAUUCUCGCAACCUUAUAAGGAUUGAUGCAGUCAAUUCAACAUUAGGUGAUGUCUUCAAAAACAGAACAGUUAUUGAGUUCCCAACCAUAUAUAUCACAAAGAGUGCGCAAGAAUUGCCUAAAGGUUUCAAAGUUAUGAUAGAAGAGAAGGGAUCCGCCCCCGGGGCGGAGGAAAAUUCAAGGGUGAAUGUUGCAGGGUCAGGUUCAUCUUCUGAUACUGAAACGGAUGAUAGUGAUGCUGAGCCAGAAGAAGAGAGCUCAAAGCAAGAUAAUACCCAGAAUAAAAAUGUAGUCGUAGAGAAUGUGAGCGAAGCAACUGCUACUGUUGAUAAGGACACAUCUGAUGAAGAAGAUGAUGAUUACAAUCCAGGAGUGUCGCUUGAUUUUCUAAUGAGUUGA